AUGAGCGCCAACCCACAAUGGGACGUCAGUAGGGCGCUGGGAGUGGCCAAGCUCUUCCACCUGGUGUGUGGGGUCCGGGAUGCCUGCGUGACACCCUUCCUGACCCUCUACCUGAGGCAGCUGGGCUUGGCCGUGCCUUGGGUGGGCAUCCUCAUGGGAACCAAGCACCUGAUCGCAGCCUUCUGGGGUCCUUUCUGUGCCUUCCUGGCCAAAAGCUACCAGAAACGGAGAGCGCUUCUAGUAGGCUCGCUGUUGGGCUCGGUGGGCGCCAGCCUGCUCAUGGUGCUGGUCCCACCGCUGGACAAACAGCUGUUGUACCACUCCUGUAACAGAAGCAGAAGCAUGACCACCACAGCCAUGCCACUGGGGCUCCCACUGACAGUGGCUGUCACCUCUGCCCAAGAGCCUGCCUCAAACCACCCAGCUGGAGCACCCAGCCUCCCAGGCAAGAGGAGUACUAGAGUCACGGGAGCCUAUGGCUUCAGAAAUGGACGCGGUGAAGGUGACCAAGAAACUGCCAGUGAUCUGCAUGGCUAUCUAGUAGGCUCCGCUGAAGGAGUUACAACCACAUCCCAAGGUCUUCUCCAUCCUGUCACCUCAGGGGUGAAAGACAGUUCCUGGGAAGGUGCUUUCGAGGUGGUCAGCACUGCCCUCCCUUCCCUUCCAGGGGGCACAGCAAUGGGAAGUCUGGCCAAUUUGUCAGUGGCAAAGGGCAAAGCCCAGGUCCUCAGGCUCUCCUUGGAAGGGUUGAGGUGGACUUUCAUCCUCUCCUUGGGGUCCCUGGUAUUCUGGGAGCUGCUGACGGCCCCUCUGGAGCAGGUGGCAGAUGAAAGCCUUUAUGAAUACCUGGAUUUUGUGGAUGCCACUGACCGGUACAGACGACUGUGGAUCUGGAGACUGCUGGGCAUGUCGGCAGGUGCAUGCAGCAUCGCGGCCUUGGUGGGGCAGCAGGACUGCUUCCUAAUGACCAACAGCCCCCGGGGUGUGGUGCACUUCUACGGCUACUCGCUGGUCAGCACCCUGGCCUUGCUGGUGAGCAUUGCCUUCCCUGUUCCUGUCUGCCGGCGGCGGGAGCACAGCUACAGAAGCGUCAAAGCACUGUCUCUCGUGGGAAGCAACCCUCGCCUGGUGCUGUUGGCCUGCACUGUCUUUUUAUUAGGAGCUAUGGCCAGUACUGUGCAGAACUUCUUGUUCUGGCACAUGGAGGACCACGGGAGCAGUGAACUGGUUAUGGGUUUCUCAGUUGCCCUCAGCCUGCUGGGGGAAAUUCUGCUUCAUCCCUUCAAAACGACAUUGCUUAGGAAACUGUCCAGGGUGGGCACAGUGGGGCUGGGGCUGGGCUGCCUCGCUGGGCAGCUGCUGUACUAUUCCUUCCUCUGGAGCUGGUGGUCUGUCCUCCCCGUUCAGAUCUUGAGUGCUGUCAGCUACGGGGCUCUGUGGUGGGCAGUUGGGGCCUCAAUAGAGGCCCUGGCCACUCCUGGCACAGAGAGGCCUCUGCGCACCAUGUUUCAAAGCCAUUUUUAUGGGAGUGGCUUUAGCCUGGGAAGCUUUGUGUCAGGCUUCGUGGCCAUGCGUUUCAGCCUGUCUCUGCUCUACCAGGCCUGCUGUGUGAUCCUGCUGCUCUGGUUGGCCUUGUUCCUGUCCAUCCAGCCGAGGCUGCCCCAAGAGCGGAAAAUCAACUACUCAAAGCUGCUUGCCAUGGAGGCAAGUGACAGCAGUGACUCUGAGCCGGGGACAGAAAGGGACUGGCUUGUGAAGGCCAUGAGGGAGGAACACUUAGACUGGAAGGGCUGAAAGUCAGAUGGCACUGAUCUGAGAAGGAGCUGAUGGGUUGGACAAAACUCAGUGCCCAGGAUAAAGUCCUACCUUGAACCACGGAGUCUUGGGAGA